AUGAUGCAGCCACAGUCCAUCAUCCACUUCUCUGUCACUAACUGCUCCAUUGCUGAGGUUAACUGACUUGGACAAGUAAUGGCAAGGACAGUUGGAACAGCCAUGAUGGAGGGUGCUAUCCAGGUGGUUAGUGACACAGGAAAAGUUACUGUUUUUUCACAGGAUCAAGUGGAAUUAGAAGUAAUUCAGUUAAAAGCAACAAGAAUUCAUGUACCUGCCACAAAACUUGAAAAAGCUACUGAAAUGAUGGUCUCCAUGGUGGAGCUGAACAGCAUGCUGACUCUGUUUUCCUUUGGUAAUGCUAACCCUGAACUGAUACUCCAGUGGUCAGUGAGCAAAAGAGAUGUUGUAGACAUUCUUUGAUGCUUGGAGGUUUCUGUUCAGCUCCCAUCAAAGAAUAAUGUCACUAUGGUGGUGUAUACAAAAGCAGCAGGUAGAACCAGUAUUAAGGUAACAUGACAGUGUCUGAACGCAUCUGCUGGACAGUUUGAAGGAAACUGUACUGAACUAUUGGAUGAAGUGCAAAUCCUGGUAUUUGAUGAGCUGCUACUACUCUCUCCUGUGUUUUCCACUGAACAAGUUUUGAUGUCCACAAAUUCUCAACUCAAGCUGUACACAAACAGGUUUACACUGUGCAUUUCUGGGGAAUCUGGGUCACUCCAUGGCCUGCAAAUGUGUAUUGGAGUGACUGCUGAGCGGCACUGCAUCUGCCCGUUACAUGCAGUUUAACAAAUCCAUUCAAGAAAAUGUGCCUUCAUGGUGCUCAGACUGUUGAUGUGAGGCUGAAGGCAUAGACUUAAUGCCAUACCCUGAUCCCCUGCUACCAUUGAAUGUGUGAGGUUGUAGUUCAGUGUGAUUUUGAACUAGAAGAACUUCAGGAGCAGUAUCCUGAAUAUAUGGUUGAUUGUCAGGGAAAAAAGCAUUAGCUGCUGAUGUUUCUUAUCGCCCUAGUGGCUGCCACUUUGAGUGAAACAAACUGCCAGACUAUCAAAGUCUAACAGACCUCUCAUUUUGUUCUUCACUAAGGGAAGGGGCUGCAUCUGUGAGCUUUCAAGUCUUGCAGUGUUACCCCAACUCUUCUGUCCUUGAGGAACACGAUCAAGGUCUCCUGAGAGCUGGAGCCAUCACAGGCAUUGCAGUGUUGGAAGUGACUUCUCAAGAAGUCUUUGGAGUCAGACAAAUAAUCAUAAUGGAGCGGUCUGCUGAGAGAAUGCUUUUGGUUUGAAUGUUAGUAAGUAUUGCAGGGUUUAAAAUAGUUUGUAGUAGCCUGUUUUGUUAUCAUGGAGCAUGAUAGUUUUGAGACAGGGAUCAUCAAAUCUGGUCAGAAGAAAGUACAUAUUUUGGGUCCUUGAAUACAAGAAAGAGAUUAGGAAACUGGAGAGAGUCUGGCAGAGAGCCACAAAAAAGUGUCUGGAGCACAGGACGUAUUAGGAGAGGCUCAGGGCAUUGGGUUUGUUUAGCCUGGGAGAAGGGAAAGGGGUUUCUAAUUGCACUGGGUAGUAGAGAAGGUGAAAUUACACUCCUCUUGGGGGUGCACAGUGAAAUGACAAGAGGUGGUGGUGACAAGUUGCAGCAAGGGAAUUUUAAAAUGGAGAGUAGGCCAAAAAUAAUUUACGCUGAAGUUGAGGGAACCACUGGAGCUUCAUCCUUGGAAGUUUUCAAAACUCAGCUGGACAAGAUCCCAGGGAUUCUGACCCAAGUUUGAAGUUGGCCCUGCUUUGAGCUGGGGAUUGGGCUAGAGACCCACAGAGAUAUUUUCAACCUGUUUUUUCAAUAAGUCUAUGCUUAUUAUUUCUUCUUGAUCAGUGUAGUCAUGGGAUGCUUCUCCAUCUGCAUUGUCUGUAUUGAAUCUGAAGUGAUGAUGGAGAUUUUUGUCUACCUAGCAAAAAAUUACUUUAGUUUUAUCCGGAUUUUAAAAUACUCACAAGCCGACUAUUCUCCCCCAGACUACAUUGUUGAGCUGGAAAGAGCAGAAAAACAAGGAGAUGGGAUUCUGGUGUCGGAGUCACAACUGGUGCAGCAGUCAUAAAAGUCCAUAUACAAGAGUCAAUCUACAAGGUGAAUAAUUACUGUGAAGUUCCAUCAUUAUAUAAAGAUUGCCUUAAUUGCUGUUUUAGGUAAACUGCAUUUUUAGCUACAUGCAUGUAAAAUAUGUGCUUUUUUGUGGCACUUAAUCUUCUGUGGCUUUGCCUUUCAUGGCAAGCAUUCCGAUUCUUUCCAGCAAAAGAAUACAUAUCAAUUCCUAAAGUUCAGGUAUCCAUUUUUUACUAAGUGAAAUUUAAGAGUUCUCUUCAAUCAUAUAUAUUCACAGUUUUCUGUCUUGCUGUGUUACAAGCACAGCUAAGAUCGCCACAAGUAACAGAUAAGAGAAAAAAAAAAAAUCUCUGUAUUACCACGUUUAGCAAUGUUGUUUGGAUUAUCAAUUUUGCUGUUUUCCCCCACUAAAUAUUGAGAAUAGGAUGAGUGUUUUUCUCUUUGUUGGAUACCUUUCACAUCGCAAUAGACCGAUAAAAGUAAGUGUGUCAUUGGAGAAAUUCCAGACCGGUGAGGGAACUUAGGGCAAAUGUACAAGACUGAGCAGGCAGGGAUGUGGAGAAAGCUGUUGCUGGCCCUCACCUUCCCUUGGCAGCCCUUUCACAGACCCACCAACAAUGAGGCUGUGCACUUGCCUAGCCACCUAAUGGUCCUUGGACUCUCUCUUGCUCUACCCAGAGCCCAGCUCCAAAGCUGAAAACGUCCAGCAACUGCUCCCACAGGGAAGGUGCCAGGACUGAAAGCUGUUGCUGGCCCUCACCUUCCCUUGGCAGGCCCUACACAGCCCCAACAGCACUGACUGCUGACUGCAAUUGUUCUGACACCUGAUACUCAAUCUUUCUAGAGCCCAGGAACCAAAAGAACAGCUGUCAGCAUAGGUUCCCACAAAGAAGCGGCCAGGAAGAAAGCUGUUGCUGGUUCUUACCUUCCAUUGCGUUAUGGAAAUUUUAUAUGCCAGUCACCAGGGUUCAACUCUAGCUUUCUGCUGAAUCAGUGAGCCAAAAAAGAGAUUCUUCUAUAAAGUUCUUUUAUUAAUAGUGCUACAGCUCAAGCUGGGUGCCUCUAAAGAGGGACCCCAAACAAAGAAAUCCCUGACCAAUUAUACCCUUACAAUCUAAG